CGAUGCCUCGAGCUUGUUGAAGUCUCAUUGGAUCCUAUGAAUGAGACGAGCAGCUAAUUUAAACCACUGCCUCUAAAUAUGACUGGCCACUAAUCUCCUCCUGACUUUCUCGCCACUACCAUGACUGCCAGUGAGCGUCAGGUGGAGGAGACAAGGCCUCUUCUGCAACGGUCAGAGCGGUCGAUGACCAGGACGCCUCUGCCCUGGGAUCAAUUUUGGAUUAUACUGUUCUUGCAGCUUUCGGACCCUCUUGCUAUUCAGACGCUUGCCCCGUUCAUUCCCGAACUAAUCAGAGAUAUUGGCGUGACCCACGGAGACGAAUCUCAGGUUGGACACUAUGUCGGCAUCCUGCAAUCAUCGUAUUUUACGGCUCAAGCAUUGACUAUCCUCCCAUGGAGUCAACUGUCAGAUCACAUUGGGCGGAAGCCUUUGAUACUGACUGCUCUAUUCGCAAUAGCGGUUUCGAUGUUCUCCUUUGGACUGUCGAAAAACUUUGUCGGUCUGGUGGCGAGCCGUGUCAUCUGCGGGGCAUUCAAUGGGAGCAACGGUGUCAUCAAAAGCAUGGUGAUGGACAUCACUGACGUAACCAAUUUGCCGAAAGCAUACGGUUAUGUGCCACUUUCAUGGAUGAUUGGGAACGCAUUGGGUCCACUCGUUGGGGGAUCGCUCUCCCGACCAGCAGACAGAUUCCCUGAAAUAUUUGGACGAUCUGAAGUUUUGAAAACCUACCCAUACCUCUUGCCAUGCGCUAUUCCGGCUCUAUUUGCCUCGGUGGCUUGGCUAGUCACAUAUUUCCGGCUCAGAGAAAGCGUUUCUACAAGUGCACGGCUUUGGGAGUUGAUUAAAGGAUGGUUCUUUCCACAGUCGUAUGCAAAGCCUUUCACGCAGAUUGAAAGUUCUUGGGAAGCAAACUUUGAAGGGGUCCCAUCAAAACCUCUUCCACUGCGCGCUGUGCUAACUCCAAAAGUUUUCGUCAUGGCAGCAAAUUGUUCUACCGUGGCUCUCUUGCACAUCGCAUAUACUUCGAUCUUACCUGUUUUCUAUGCGACGCCGAUUGAACUCGGUGGUCUUUCCCUUGACCCUCCCCGCAUCGGCGCUAUCCUUGCGGUAUCAGGUCUCGCCAACGGCACAUCCCAGUUCUUCUUCUUCUCUCGCUUACAGAAUCGCUUCGGCGCAGGAGCUAUCAAUACUGUCGGUGUUUGCGCCGGUGUACCCAUUGUCCUUUUAUUCCCCGUGAUCAAUGCGCUCGCUCGAACUUAUGGCAUGGGUUUGGCGGUGUGGUUGUCUGUUGGUGUUCAACUCGCACUGACGCCUAGCUUGGUCAUGUGCUACUCCUGCUUGGCAUUGUUUAUCAGCGCAGCUGCUCCCAAUCGCGCCUCAAUUGGAACAACCAAUGGAGUCGCCCAGCUGCUCAUCGCAGGAGGAAGGAUUAUUGGCCCUGCAUUGGUUGCCUCGAUCUUCUCUUAUUCGAUGCAGGAAGGGCAUAAUGCGUGGAUGGUAUACUACUUCUUGAUAGCAGUUACAUUUCUCGCUGUAGGUACUUCUCUGCUGCUUCCCCGAGAUCCCAGUUUAUGGGAUGACCGCCAAUCAGUGGUAUGACCACAGUCAGACCACUAUGAGCGACCUGUGUACUUAUAAGUAUGUUUGACCGCUGGGUUUUCCAUGGUACUUACUCCCUUGUUGCAUAUUUUUCUUCACACUACAUACUAGCAGCAGCCAUAGUGGUUCUGUCUUCUACUUAUCAAACUUCCAUGGCA